AUGUACGGUCGCAACAACGUGAACGACCCGAGCAAGAACGCCGCCACCACCGGCGGCACCAUUCCGUUCAGCGUCGGAGCUUGGUUCAGGCUGCAUGGCCUCGAUCUCCUUACCAUGGCUGCCAUGGGUGCUCUUGGUCUCGGGAUCUAUGAAGCCUCACCGGCUCCUAGUCGUUCAUUUCCCGUAUUCUUCCAGGAUGGUCAGGUUGUCUACCCUCAAUUUGCCUACCCUAUUCGGAAAGAGGUUGUGCCAAUCUGGUUGGCCGCUCUGCUCGCUUUCAUCGUGCCUUUCGUCUUCUUUGUUCUUUUUCAGAUUCGGAGGCGCAGUGCCAACGACUUUCUGACUACGAACAUGGGUCUUCUCAAGAGUUUGAUCACUGCUGCUGUCUUCCAGGUCUGGCUCAAGUGGCUCAUUGGUGGCCUGCGUCCCCAUUUCCUCGAAGCUUGUCAACCCAACCUCACCCAAGGUUCGGCACCGAGUGGUUCAGGGUUUGCCUCCAUUAUGUACGAUCGCACUAUCUGCACGGGCGACAAGGACACCAUCGACGACUCGCUCGAGUCUUUCCCGUCCGGUCACUCGACAGCUGCAUUCGCCGGCUUCAUUUACCUUUCCCUGUAUUUUAAUGCGCAACUUAAGGUCAUGAGCGCACACAACCCUGCAUACUGGAAAAUGAUCUUGAUGUUUUCCCCGAUCCUCGGUGCAACACUGAUUGCAGGAGCAUUAACCAUCGAUGAAUUCCACAACUGGUAUGACGUAGCCUUCGGAGCCCUCAUCGGCACCUGCACCGCCUUCGUCGCCUUCCGCCAAACCUUCGCCGCCAUCUUCGAUUUCCGGUUCAACCACAUUCUCCUCCCACGACACACCUCCCUCUUCCACCGUUCUCCCCUCUCUGGCGCUGGCUUGCCUUACUAUACCUACCAUGCACCCGCAGCCGCAACUGGCCAAGAUUUGCCGUUCACCCGGGAGGGCGGAUGGGCGAUGAACCAGGAGUCUUAUGUCGGAGCUCCGGGAGAUGCGACGGUCUUGAUGGGCGGGGCUGGUGGUGGAGGGCUUGGUGCGGGCAAUGGCGUUGGCGGUGGAUAUGGCCGUCACGGGUAUGGACAUGGUAAUGGAGCCGGUGCUGCAGGGCCCGCGACGGAUGGGUAUCCACCGAACGCAGCCAGUCGCGUCUAA